AUGGACAAGGAGAAUAAUGAGUCGCUGCGGAUUCAGAACGACAUACUACGACGAGAGGUUGAUGAUUUGAAAAUGAUGCUGUGUAUCGCGAAGGAGAACUUGGACCUUCGUUCUAAAUUGGACAGUUUUUCAGCCAAUGGCAGUGCCAUGGAAAAUGCAGGGAAGAAGGAGAGGAUUCGUUGGUAUGACUCUGUUGAUGAAAGCCAAUUCCGAAGCGGACUUCUCAAAAGGCCCCAUCGCACAUCGUCUCCUCUCAAUCUAUCAUCUGACAAAGAUUCACCAAACAGACCUCCUGUUCCCAUCAACGAGAUACCUAGCUGCUCUUUUUCCUACCAAAAAGUGAAAGAUCCAGAGCGGCUGGUCGGGGAGAUCGUCUUCCAGCUGGACCGUAGGAUCCUCUCCUACAUCUUCCAGGAGCAGCCCAGACUGUAUGGCUUCACUGUGCUCAACAUCGGAGACAAGAUAGUGCAGGUCUCUACACAUCCCAUUACCGGACAAGUGGAGGAGGCAUACAGGUUGGAGCUGACCAAGCGUCACACAGAGCUAACGGACAAGCUCUGUUCGCUGGGCUACAGCAGGACGCUUCACCCGCCAUUCGCAGAGUUCAUCAUCAACACGUAUGGCAUACUGAAACAACGCCCAGACCCGGCCUGUGAGCUGAACUACAACUGCCCGGACGUCCUGCGACGGGUGUUGGUUAUGACGGUCCCUCCAUGCCUCCUGAAGGAUCUGCUGCUCCUGUUUAGCUGCCUGUGCUACAUGGCCAGGACUGACAGAAAUCCGCUCUUCCAGUGGUAACUGUCAGCAUGGGAAAUAAAACUACACUGCGUGCCUUUUUGUGGUGCUA